AUGAACAAAGAUGGAGAGGUGUCGCUGAUGAAGUCAAUGCACACGGGGAACGAUCUCAUCGUGUACAAGAACUACAGUUUCUACUGCAAGAGGCGGAACAGCAGGACGAACGUCACAGACUGGUACUGCUCCACGCACAAUUGGCGCGGCUGCAAUGCCAGAAUCAAGAUGAGCGAGAACUACGAAAUAUUAACCAUUGAGAACGGACACACUCACCCGCCGGCGAAGUACAGUAUUGCUUUUAUCAAGUCGCACAAGGGUUCGGACCUUCUGCUGCAUAGGCAGUACACCUACUUCCUACAAUACGACAACAAGGUGAAGAGGGUGAGCCAUUGGCGUUGCUCCACGCACUCGCACAAAGGCUGCAAGGCGAGGAUAACACUCAACGAAAAGCUGGACAUUCGCAAAGCGAAUUUCCAGCACAACCACAUACCCCUGAACAUCGUGUUUUGCAACGGCAAAUACUACAAAUUA